AUACAUAUAAACAAGGGUACACAAUUAAUAAAUAUUAAUUUAUAUACGUUUAUUGUGCCACUUUAAGAUACAAGCACUAUAAAUAGUGCUCAGCAUGGACAUGGACUGGCAAAACAGUCUGGCGGAGAUCAAGGAGCGCGGUCAGUAUCUGCUGCACUCGGAGAAAUGGGCCGAUUGCCGCUUUUUGGUUGGGACGCCGCCAAAUCAGCGCCUUAUUUGUGGCCACAAAUUGUUGUUGGCCAUGGCAUCGCCGGUAUUUGAGCGCAUGUUCUUUGGCAAUCUGCCGGACAAGACGGAUCCCAUUAUCAUACCCGAUGUGCAGCCGAAGGCAUUCGAGGCGAUGCUGGAGUAUAUAUACACGGAUCGCAUAACGAUUGGAUCCUUUGACAAGGCGUGUGAAUUGUGCUAUGUGGCCAAGAAGUACAUGUUGCCACAUGUGGUCACCAGAUGCACGCACUUCCUCUGGGCGGAUCUGAGUACCAAGAAUGCGUGUCGUGCAUACGAAUUCGCCAAGUUGUUUGACGAGCCGCGUUUAAUGCAGAGCAGCAUGGAUUUAAUUGCAGCCAAUACCAGAGAGGUAUUAUCGGAUCCCAGUUUCCUGGACAUUGAAGUGUCCACGCUGAUGGCCAUACUGGAUCAACAUCGCUUGAACAUAGACUCUGAGUUGGAUUUAUUUAAUUGUCUGCUCAAAUUUGCCAGCGAGCGCGGCAUACUAAAUGGGGAUUCCCCUCAAAAUGAUGCAACUGCUGCCACACUGUCCACUGAGGAGCAGACAGAGGGGGAACAGGUUGAGGAUCAUGUGCUGGUGGAGCAAAUCAAAAUGGAACCGGAUGUGGCGGCCAUGGUGCGUCAUAUGCAUCAGGAGGAGGAUGUGGACAAUCAGGCGGGCAUUUCCGGCAACUCCUCCGCCAGCUGCUCCGCUUCCGCCAGCUCCUCCUCUGUGCUGGCUGCCAGCUCCACUUUGGUCCACGACGACGUCGUCAUCAUCGACAGCGACGCCUCUGGGAAUGCCAAUGAUGAAAUGAAUGCCGCCGAGGCUGCGGCCAACAUGAUCAACAUGAUGGACGCCCAACGCACCAUUAUGGAUGGUGCCAUGCUCCGGCAGGCGGUUAAGAAGAUUCGCUUCCUAACCAUGACUCCACAACAGUUUGCCGAGGGUCCAGCUCGCUCCAAGCUCCUGCAGCAGCACGAGGCUCUGGCCAUACUCAUCAAGAUCUCGAGUCCCACCUUGAAUGACUGUCAUAUGCCCGAGGGUUUCUGUGUCUCCAGGAGCACUAGAAACUUCUUUGAAUCCUCACAUCGUCAGCGGGAAUUGACGUCAUCCUAUCGACUGGUCAACAACUCGUCCAAUCCCAAUGCCUGCUUUCUCCCAGGAGCAACCACACGUGGAGUCGCCUAUACCGCCACCAAUCAACCACCUUUCACCCGCCAACCACAGCGGAUUAGUGUCCCGCUCCAGCUGGAUGCCUCACAUGGAAACGGCUUCUUUGCCACCGCGGAUGAGCCUUCUCCGCCGUGCCACAAUGUGCCCGGACACCGGUUUGCCGAUAGCUAUGAUGGUCCCGGUCCGGGUCCGGCAGCUGCUUCGGAUCCAGUUCCCGGACCAGCUGCUCAUCCGCCUGCUCCGGCUGCCAAUGACAACGAGGUGGCUGCCUCGAGUAACUCCUUCCAUGACAUGGUCCGAUCCUAUUGCAUGCGCUCCAUGACGCGACAGUUUGACUAUCGCAACACGAGUGUCACCGAUGCGGGUGUCACCUUCCAGGUGGACACCAAUAUUUGGAUCUUGGGUGUUCAGGUGCCCACCCAAGUGCUCUGCGGGGAGCUAAUGAACUCGGCCGGCUUUGCCGAGCUCUACACGGAGGUGCUCUACGCCCACAUUCAGGACAUGCACGGCUCGAGGAUCACGUAUACGCACUGUACGGCACGGGUGCGUUAUGACUCGCAUUUGGAUAUUACCUUCGAUCGUCCCGUUUACAUCUAUCGCAAUCAGAUCUACAAGAUCUAUGUGGUGUUCAAUAAGAUGGGUUGGUAUCCGAUGUACUCCUGUGUUCCGGACACCAUCAAGCAACGGGUCAAGUUCAUGUUCAAUGUCGGCAAUCCGACGGAAUCGGUACGUGACGGCCUCAUAUAUGCCAUUAUCUUCUCCACGCCCCAAGAUCAAGUGCGACAACUUAUCGACUAGCAUUGAUAAUCGAUAACAAGCUAACGAAAUUUAUUUGAAAUUCAAAUUCCAUGUGAUAGAGCUCGCAAAUGCAUAACUGUACGCUACAGUACACUACAGUACACUACACUACAAUACAAGACAAGACAAUUAAGUACAGUACAGAACCCUACACUGCAAUACAGAACCCUACACUCAGUACAGAACCCUUCACUUUAGUACAGUAGAGUACAAAACAGUACAGAGCAGUAAAGAACACUACACUGCAGUACCGUUUACAAAAAAAUACUACACUACUGAACACUACACUAAUGAACCCUUUACUGCAGUAUAGUACAGUACAGUACAAAAGACUUCAAUGUAUAACAGUACAGUACCCUACAAAACACCACAGUACAGUGCAGCAAAGUACAGUAAUGCUUCCCACUGACGACGGACGGUUCAGCGUUUAAUUUACUUUAUUAUUAUACAAUACUUACUCUUGCACCUAUUUUCCAUAUUUGUCCAAUUCAUUUGUAUUUGUAUAGCCAACUUUUAAUCAAUUAUUAUUAAAUACAUAUUCUCUUACAUAA